UCACCCUUCAUCCCUGCUCCUGAUCCCUUGUAUACUACUUAUUCCUCUUGUUCCCGUCCCUGUGCUUGUUUAUCCUCUUGUUUGGACACCGAUCUCUAUUCCCCUCCACCCAACAUUCCUCUCCUCUCUACUCCUCCUCCUCCUCCUCCUCCUCGUGAUCCUCCCUCGCUUCCUAUUUCGCUCAACAGGCGUGAACGAGUUCCCACUACCUUGAGAAUCCUCAAGUGGCCUGGUAGAUUUCAUCUUGAAACUGUUUGGCCUGCCGAGGCCUGGGAAUGAUACUGCAUCACUGAAGGCCUCAGCAAUUGGAGCUUUCUUACAAUAACAAUCACAUCUCACGGCGGAAAGGGGAAUUAACAUUAGGAGGAAGUGAAAGAGAAAUCCGCUGUGUCGAAAGGGGGAUUGUUAUGAUUCACACGAUAUCAGAGGUCCAUUUAAAGAGACGAGCAACAGUGCACGUCUUGUUAGAAGUCAACACAUUCCGUCAUGAGAAACACUGCUCCGCGCCGCAACGCCAGGUGUCCUUGCAUCCAUUUGGCAACAACCACAGCCAUGGCGCAGACAAUUCUCAUCUUCAACCGUCCAUCACUGAGUUUGGUUUCCUGCGAGAAGGAGGGGGAUACGACCCGGUCUUGUUCCCUGUUUCUCCGACAGAAAAGUCGAUCGACGAUUACGGCAAUUUUCUGUAAAGGCGCCGCUGUAUGCUUUAACAUCUGAUUUAGAAGCUUUCCUGUAAAUACCUGUCACAUUAAACUGAUUGCAAUAGAGAA